GCCGUUUGGCAGCACUUUCUUUUCAGCACCAAAGACUGCCGGCACCACUACCUCCAAGUCUUCACAGCACCUCUGCUAGUCGUGGCACACCACUACGAAGAAUCUCUCUGCAGUCUCCACGUCCUCCCUUCAUCACAAUCGCUUUGCCGCUAAAUUCUUCCGCUACUGCCGCCAUGGUCUCACCUCUUGCAGUCAUCGACAGGGUCGACAACUUCACCUACGGCUCCACGGACAACUGCUACUUGUUGGUAGCUCACACAGAUAACGUGGCGCUCGGAUACAUUCAUCCAACGCUCGUAGACCACCUUCGGGCCCAUCCGGGGUUCACCUCCUCUGGUAGGUCCAUCAGCAUCAACGCCUCCUACGACACCCUCGAGAAGCGGAACCAGUUAUUCGAACAGUUUGCCCUCGAGUUGAAGUCCAAACCAGAGCUCCACCAGCUGGUGGCCAAGGGGUGGCGCAACGAGCUCUACACCGUCUACAACCCCACCCAUACCCCCUACUUCCAGGUGGAGAGGGCAGUGUCGGUGCUCUUGGGGGUGGUGACCUACGGAGUUCACAUCAACGGGUAUAUCCCCGAAAAUAAGUCCAGCAAUGGCAAGUUGAAGUUCUGGAUCCCCAGACGCUCGGCCACUAAACCCACCUUCCCUUCCAUGCUCGACAAUACGGUGGCAGGCGGGUUGGGAUACCCCCACGGCAUCUGGGAAACUGUGGUCAAGGAGUGUGAUGAAGAGGCCGGUUUGCCACAAAAGUUUGUCGAGGAAAACGCAAAAAGCACCGGUGUGCUCACCUACAUCUACCAGACACCCGACGGAGGCAUCCAGCCCGAGGUGGAGUAUAUCUACGACAUUGUGUUCCCCAACGAGACCGAGGUGAUUCCGGUUCCCCAGGACGGAGAGGCCCAGGAUUUCACCUUGAUGGACAUCGACGAGGUCGAACAGAGGUUGCAGGCUGACGAGUUCAAGCCCAACUGUGGGAUGGUGAUUAUAGAUUUUUUGAUCAGACAUGGAUACAUCACUCCUGAGAACGAGCAGUUCUACAGCGAGAUUUUGGCCAGAACUCACAGAAGACUUCCUUUUCCUACAAAGUAGCCCUGUGGCGAGCUACUGGAAUGCGGAAUAAGGUUGUACAACAGGAUGAAUGGCUGAGUACUGAUUGAUCCUCGAGCCAGUUGUAAUUCUUCAAAUUGCAGUCAGGUAAAGAAAAGACAUCAAAGUAUAGACAUAGUCUUUGAGAAUAAGAGAGACCCACGGAAACAAUUCCAAUACGUAGAAGAUAAUUCAUACCCAGAAGACAUUCACCAUGAUUAUGUUUGAUUAUGGAUAAAAGUCUGCUACUGAUCAACAGGUAUAGUUGAGGCAAUAACUAUGUUGACCAGAAGGAGAGUA